GGGCUGCAGGUGGCUGGGAGGAGAUGGAGCCCGAGGCCGGCGACCAUGGCCCGGCCUUACGCAGUCUCCACAGUCGCUCCGGAGAGAUGAAGUUGCGGAAGAGGAAGUCCACGCUGUACGUGAACACGCAGGAGAAGCACUCUCGUCGCCGCGGUCUUCUUGGAGAAAAUGUUUACCUGGUCUUAUUUACCAUCGCUCUUCGGAUAUUUAACUGCUUCCUAGUGCAGACAAGUUUUGUUCCUGAUGAAUACUGGCAGUCUCUUGAAGUUGCACACCACAUGGUUUUCAGAUAUGGUUAUCUGACCUGGGAAUGGACUGAGAGGCUGAGGGGUUAUACUUACCCCCUCAUCUUUGCAAGCAUUUACAAGAUUCUGCACCUUUUGGGGAAAGACAGUGUUCAGUUACUGAUCUGGAUUCCCAGACUGGCCCAAGCUCUUCUCUCUGCUGUCGCUGAUGUAAGACUUUACUCGCUCAUGAAGCAAGUGGGAAACCAGGAAGUGGCACAAUGGGUGUUUUUUUGCCAGCUGUGCUCUUGGUUCACGUGGUACUGCUGUACCCGAACCCUCACGAACACCAUGGAGACUGCCCUCACUGCAACUGCCCUUUUCUACUACCCACUGGAAGGCUCAAGGUCCAUGAACAGUGUGAAGUACUCUCUCCUGGUCGCACUGGCUUGCAUAGUCCGCCCCACAGCUCUCAUCCCAUGGGUGCCACUACUCUUCAGACAUUUCUACCAAGAACAGAGAAAGGUCCAUCUGAUCCUGUAUCACCUUUUACCUGUAGGAUUUAUAAUCUUCAGUUUGUCUCUGAUAAUUGAUCGUAUCUUUUUUGGCCAAUGGACAUUGGUCCAAUUUAAUUUCUUGAAAUUUAACGUGCUGCAGAAUUUGGGGACUUUUUAUGGCUCUCAUCCAUGGCACUGGUAUUUCAGUCAAGGGUUUCCAGUUGUCCUUGGAACCCACUUACCCUUCUUCAUUCACGGCUGCUUCCUGGUCCCAAGGAGGCUGCACAUACUACUGCUGACCGUGCUGUGGACACUGCUGGUGUACAGCAUGUUGGGCCACAAAGAAUUCAGAUUUAUCUAUCCAGUUUUACCAUUGUGCAUGGUGUUCUGUGGGUACUCACUGGCCCACCUGAAAGCAUGGCGGAAGGCAGCUCUGAGUUUCCUGCUUUUGUCAAAUGUGCUGCUGGCACUCUACACUGGCCUGGUUCAUCAGAGAGGCACUCUGGAUGUCAUGAGUCACAUUCAGCAAGCCUGCCCCAGAGGUCCUGACCCAGCUGCCAUCUCAGUGCUCAUCAUGAUGCCUUGCCACUCCACUCCUUACUACAGCCAUGUUCACUGCCCACUGUCCAUGCGGUUUCUCCAGUGUCCCCCAGACUUGACUGGAAAAACUCAGUAUCUUGAUGAAGCAGAUAUGUUCUACCUAAAUCCCUUAAGCUGGUUACAACAAGAGUUUGGAAGCAAUGCAUCACUGCCCACUCACCUGGUCACCUUCAGUGUUCUGGAGAAGGAGAUCCAUGCCUUCCUCACUUCAGGGAGCUAUGAGAGGACUGCUAUUUUCUUCCAUACUCAUUGGCCAGAGGGUCGAAUUGGAAGUCACAUACAUGUCUACGAACGAAGGUUAACCAGCAGAGUCAACACAGGAAGGAACUGAACAAUGAGGACGUCUGUCUGCAGAGAAGUUGGCAUAACUGAGGGAAACCAGGUGACUCGUGAAAUGAAGAGGAAGCCACUGGGGGACAGCUGUACCAUACACUGUACUCUGAGAAAACACCAAAGCGACGCCAGAUUUGAAAGAGACCUUUCGUUUUCCUCAUGGUGCAGUUUAUUGUUCUUCCAUAGCGUUCAGGUGUACAAGAGCGAUCACAAAAACAAGUCAGCAAGCUCUUCACAAGCCAACGGGCACUUGAUCCCCCAGAGAGACAAAAGCAUGAGAGUAGAAGGGUUAGAAGGGAGUCCCAGCUCACUCAAGCCAUACUGCACCUCACGACGGCACUUACUGCCCUGCACGAGCUGUGCUCGCUCUGAGCUCACCUACUCAAACCAAGCCCUGUUUCAUGCAGAGUGUUUCAUGCCCAACUUCAUUAAUAAAAUUAUCAUUUGGGGGCGGUGAUUAACAAACCCAAGCUACUGGGAAAUGCAAGUUAGUAAGCUUUGCUUUUGUGCAAUAGAAAGCCAUCAAACCAGUCUUUUGGAAAUGAAAAGACAGUUGUCUUGAGGAUUUCAUCUUAAUUUCAACACCAAACAAAGUAGAAAGCAUCUCCUAAUGUAAUCAUGAAUCAGUAUUUAGGGUCAAAAGGUAACUGCCCCAAUUCUAUCUCAAGGUUUGCCGUGUGUCUUCCGUUAGCGCGACUGUGUUUUUGCCAUUUACCUUCCCUCUGAUAAGGCUGUGGAUGAAGGUGCUUCUGCUCUUGUUUUCGGUGCCUGGAGUUUUCAAUAUUUACCAUACGUUGUUGCUUUUUAUCAGGUCGACUGAAAGUAGUAAACACAUUUUUUAUCU